AUUGGGCUUCGGAAGGAACAAAAUUACGUGUCUACAAAGGAUGCCUAUGGAGUUGUAGGGAGUAUAGCUGAACAAGCAAUUUCAUUGAUUCGUACAGUUAAUUCUUACGUUGGAGAAAAUGAAAUGGUAAAAAUAUUUUGCAAUGCUCUUGAUGAAAGUUUGAAACUUGGUGUGAAGCAAGGACUUACUUAGGGAUUGUUGUUAGGAAGUAUGGGAAUGAUUGUGUCGUGGGCAUUUCAAUCAUCGGCAGGAAUUGUCCUUGUUGCUAAUAGAGGAGAAAGUGGUGGCCCUGUUUUCAUAUCAUCUCUUUGUGUUGUUCUUGGAGGAUUGUCAUGUAUGAGUGCACUUCCGAAUAUCUAAUUCAUCACAGAGGCAACAAUUACUGCUGCAAGAAUUUUCGAACUAAUCGAUCGUGUUCCUCAAAUAGAUUCUGAAGAUGGUAAAGGGAAACUUCUAGCAUAUAUAAGAGGAGAUAUCGAGUUUAAGGAGCUAACUUUUAGCUAUCCAUCAAGACCAGAUAUCCUGGUCCUCUGUGAUUUUAGUCUUAAAGUGAAAGCUGGAAGGACAGUAGCAAUUGUGGGAGGCAGUGGUUCUGGAAAGUCCACUGUCAUUUCUUUGCUAGAAAGGUUUUAUGAUCUAAUCAAAAGAGAUAUCUUAUUUGAUGGACAUAAAAUAAAAAAACUGCAGUUUAAAUGGUUGAGAUCUCAGAUGGGGUUCGUAAAUCAGGAGCCUGUUCUAUUUGCUACAUCCAUCAAGGGAAAUAUACUCUUCGGGAAAUAAGGAGCAUCAGUGAAAAUGGUUGUUCAAGCUGCUAAGGCUGCAAACAUGCAUGAAUUUAUAGCCUCAUUACCUGAUGGAUAUGAUACUCGUGUGGGACAAUUUGGUUUUCAAUUAUCGGGAGGACAGAAGCAAAGGAUUGCUAUAGAAAGGGUAUUGAUUAAGGACCCAAAAAUUCUCUUACUUGAUGAGGCUAUAAGCUCUCUGGAUACACAAUCAGAAAGAAUUGUUCAAGAGGCCCUAGACCAUGCUUCACAAGAAAGGACAACAAUCAUCAUUGCCUAUUGCCCCAGUACAAUCACGGCUGACAAAAUUGUAGUCCUUGAGUCAGGGAGAAUAGUUGAAUCUGGUUCUCAUGAUGAUCUAAUGAGUAAGACUGAUGAAGAAAGUGGGGUUUACUAUAAAAUGGUCAAAUUGCAGCAAUCAACAACAAAUUGUGAAGGGCUAUCUAGUCUGUUCCUUCCAAAAGAGGCCAGAAGUUACACAAGGAGGAGUUAUAAUAUGCCUGUCCCCUCAUGUUUCUAUGUCAAGUUGGCAAAUAGUCCUGCCUCACCGUUUAGACCAACAAUAAGUGUUAGUUAUGCUCCCUCCAUUCAUACAUGCUCUUAUUAUGAUAGUGACGGUGAAUAUUUACAGAAUUUCUCUCAUCCAAGUCCCUCAACUUGGCAUUUGCUCCAGAUGAAUGCACCAGAGUAAGCGUUAUUGGGAUGUUUAGGAGGUAUUACCUUUGGUGUACUUCAAACACUUUAUGCAUUUUUCUUGGGAUCAGUUGUAUCAGUGUAUACAUCAAAUGACAGUUCAAAGAUAAAGUCAGAGAUCAAAAUUUACAGCAGUCUUUUAGGUUUGACUAGUUCCAUUGCCAAUCUACUCCAACAUUACAAUUUUUCUAAAAUGGGAGAGAAACUGACCAAAAAAGUCAGAGAAAAGGUGCUUUCGAACUUGCUCACAUUUGAGGUGGGCUGGUUUGAUCAAAACCAGAACACGCGUGCAGUAGUUUGUGCAAGGUUCUCCACCGAAGCCCGUAUGGUUCGAUCCCUUGUUAGUGACCGUAUGUCAUUGCUAUUACAGGUUUCUGUCAGUGCUUUGAUUACUUUUGUGCUUGCAUUAAUUGUCGCAUGGAGAGUUGCCAUUGCACUGAUAUCUAUACAACCUUUACUCAUAGCAAGCUUCUACUGGCGAAGUGUUCUGAUGAAAACAAUAUCGGAAAGAUCCCAAAAGGCACAGAGUGAAGGAAGCCAGCUAGCAAGUGCAGCACUGAUCAAUCAUAGGACUAUCACAGCCUUCUCUUCUCAAGAUAGAAUACUGGACCUAUUUGCUGAAACUCCGAAAGGCCCCCGAAUAGAAAAUAUUCGACAUUCAUUGCUUUCUGGUGCUGGCUUGUUUUGCUCUUAGUUUCUAGCUACAGCUGCCAUUGCCUUAACAUAUUGGUAUGUGGGAAGACUAAUGACAGAAACUCAACUCACCUCAAAGCACCUAUUUCAAGUUUUCUUCCUUCUGAUGAGUACUGGGAAAAAUAUCACAGAUACUGGAAGUAUAACUUCUGAUUUGGCAAGAGGUAGCAGUGCAGUUGCAUCUGUAUUUGCUACCUUAGAUGGCAAGACUGAGAUUGAACCCGAGAGUCCUGAAGGGCUUAAAGCCACAAAGGUAUCAAAAGGAAAAAUAGAGCUGAAGAAUGUCUUCUUUUAUUAUCUGUCUAGGCCUGAUCAAGCAAUCUUCCAAGGAAUAAAUCUGAAAAUUGAAUCUGGAAAAACAGUAGCACUUGUCCGGCGAAGUGGUUCAGGAAAAUCCACCAUCAUUGGCUUGAUAGAAAGAUUCUAUGAUCCAAUAAAGGGACAAGUUCUAAUCGAUGAUAGAGACAUCAUCAAAAGCUACAACUUGAAGAGCUUACGAUCACAGAUUGCUCUAGUGAGUCAAGAACCUGCCCUUUUUGCAGGAUCCAUAUGCGAAAAUAUUAGUUAUAGGAAAGAAGAAUCCACCGAGUCCGAAAUCAAGAAAGCUACAAUUUGUGCCAAUGCCCAUGAAUUUAUAAGUGCUAUGGAGGAUGGCUAUGAAACUUAUUGUGGUGAAAGAGGAGUCCAGCUCUCAGGAGGCCAAAGAUAGAGAAUAGCACUUUUACGAGCGAUGCUAAAGAAUCCAACUAUACUUCUCCUAGACGAGGCAACUAGCAUCGCACUUGACAGUGUAUCUGAGAACUUGGUACAAGAAGCACUGGAGAAGAUGAUGAUCAGUAGAACAAAUGUAGUUGUAGCUCAACUAUCAAUGAUACAGAAGUGAGACAUCAUAGCUUUGAUUAAAAAUAGAAAGGUUGUGGAACAAAGAUCACAUUCUCAGCUGCUUGCCCUAGGAAAGAAUGGCUCCUACUAUGGACUGAUGAAGUUGCAAUCUGGCCAUUCUCUUUAUAGGUGAAAUAUUUUGAUGUUGCCAUUGUUUCCCUAUAUAUAUUAAAGAAUAUGAUUAGUUCUCCUUAAGACUUAGGAUCCAUCAAGUAACCACCUUUAUUUUGAGCAAUUUUGAAAUAUACGCCAGCUACCCAAUGGCUCUAUGUAUUUAUUUUUUCGACCUUAUUGGCACUUCUUUCAAUUUUUU